CUUCGUUUUCACACAAAUCCAUGUUUCUAUGACUGCUUGGGCUUCUUCACGAUGCAAGAAGCUCUUGCCGCGGAUACUGGGACAGAAUAGACGGAAUAAUUCGUCGUGCGCCGAUAUACACGCGUUCUCUGACUCUCUCCUGCUCCCGAAGACCAACUUCGCGCUGAGACCGAAUGUCUCUGAAAUCGAGUCGCGCGUCAGAGACAGGACCUGUUCAGACCUUUACAAAUGGCAGGUGGACCAAAAGCAGAGGCCAGAGUUCGUGCUGCAUGAUGGACCUCCAUAUGCGAAUGGGGAAUUACAUAUGGGCAAGUGCUUACUCAUUACAGGACAUGCAUUGAAUAAGAUAACUAAGGAUAUCAUCAAUCGUUUCCAACUAUUGCGAGGCUCUCGCAUCAGGUACAUUCCAGGAUGGGACUGUCACGGACUUCCCAUUGAGAAUAAGGCUCUGAUAGAACUCGGAGCAGAUUCGACCUCCCUCUCAACACUUGCGAUCCGGAAGGCAGCACGCAAAACAGCACUGCGAGAGAUUGAAGUCCAAAAGACUCAGUUCCAGAGACUAGGAAUAAUGGCGGAUUGGGGUGACGAAAAUACCUAUCGGACGAUCGACCAUUCUUAUCAGAUGCGGCAACUACGCAUCUUUCAAAGCAUGGUCGAAAACGAGUUGAUCUAUCGUCGAUACCGUCCUGUCUACUUCUCUCCGUCGUCCAGAUCAGCGUUGGCUGAGGCCGAACUUGUCUAUAAGGACGACCAUGUCUCUCAUUCCGUAUACGUGACCUUCAGGAUUGAUUCUCAGAGUUGUGCCAGACUCGCUGUGGACAGUGCUGAAUUGUUGGUUUGGACGACAACUCCAUGGACGCUGACGGCAAAUAUGGGCAUCGCCGUCAACCCGGAAUUGGCCUACGCUGUGGUCAAGCGCAUGGACGAGGGCCCCCUCCUGGUCAUUGCUAAGGAUCGUUUGGACGCCCUUUCGAAUGUCGUGGGUCAAGUCGAGAUUGUCAAAGAAAUUCAGGGCAUGCAGUUUCCCUCUAAAACUCCAUAUAUGACUGAGUUUUCGCUAGGAUCGGAAUUGGCCGGGAUAUCCUACAUGCCUAUAUUCUCGCCGGAUCUACCAGCGCUCCAAAUUAUCCCCGCCUCGCAUGUCACAGCAAGCUCAGGGACUGGCUUGGUCCAUUGCGCUCCUGCUCACGGUGCCGAGGACUACCAUUCAUUCCGAGAACUUGGGCUGUUGCGCGGUGAAUCAGAUAUCGUCUGUCAUGUGGGCAGCGCUGGAGAAUUCACCGCGCAAGUGAAAGAAGUUGUCGGUGCCGCCGGAGAUGCGCUGAUUGGUGAACCCGUUCUCGACGGUGGGUCACGGAAGGUCGUCGAGCUAUUGAGAGAAGCCGGUGCGCUCCUCAAGAUACAGCGGUAUAAGCAUCGUUAUCCCUACGAUUGGAGGACGGGUAUGCCAGUUAUCACGACAUCAACCUCGCAAUGGUUUGCAAAUCUGGAUGCCAUCAAGGAGGACUCGUUGCGAGCUUUGCAAGACGUUGAAUUUGUACCCGAAAUCUCUCGUUCCCGUUUGAUGGCUUUCAUCAACCUCCGUUCUGAAUGGUGCAUAUCUCGGCAACGUGUCUGGGGUGUGCCGAUUCCUGCUCUACACCAUAUGUCGACCGACAAGGCCGUUCUCGACUCGGCGACGUUGGAUCACAUCCUAUCCGUGCUGGAUAAAAAGGGCAUUGAAUACUGGUGGGAGGGUCCUGUUGAUGAGUUUGUUCCUCCAGCUUUGCAGGAAGACGGUGUGCCAGCCGCUCAGGUGUGGCGCAAGGGCACCGACACGAUGGACGUCUGGUUUGACAGCGGUGCUGCCUGGUCUAUGCUGCCUGUGCGGAAGGAAGGGUCGAUUCCUCGGGCGGACGUGUGCUUGGAAGGCUCGGACCAACACCGGGGCUGGUUCCAGAGUCAACUUCUGACAGCCAUAGCCUCGGCUCCAUCGGAGGAUAAGCGUGUCAGCCCAUACAGAACGCUCAUCACGCACGGCAUGGUUCUGGAUCAGCAUGGCAGGAAGAUGAGCAAGUCCCUUGGCAACGUCAUGAGCCCUAUGGCUGUCGUCAAAGGCGGUGUCAAUUUGAAGAAGGAGCCCGCGUAUGGUGCGGACGUCCUGCGGUUCUGGGUCGGAACUGUGGAUUACCGUAACGAUGUUGCUCUGGGUCCCACUGUCCUUGCGCAAGCCGCAGAGGCAGUGCGUAAGAUCCGCAACUCGGCCCGCUUCAUUUUGGGCAACAUCGGGAGUCUUGAAGACAGAGCUGGAAUGGACCGGGUUCGGAGGGAAGACCUUCCGUUAAUGGAGCGUUAUGUCAUGCACAAGCUGUAUCUCAUGGAGCAAACAGCUGUCGAGGGCUAUUCAGAGUACAAUUUUGCGAAAGUGGUGGCUACACUUACCGACUUUGCUAACGUCACUCUCUCAUCCCUCUACUUCGACAUCUCUAAAGACGGCCUGUACGCGAACGCCCUGAACAGCUUCGAGCGCUGUGCGACUGUCACGGUCCUGGAACAGGUCGAGUCUGAGUUUGUCCUGUCGACGAUGACUUACAUCAUGGCUCCUAUCGUUCCCCAUCUCGCCGAGGAGAUCCAUGAAGAGUUGACGGCAAACACGACGUCUGUAUUCAAGACCUGCUGGAGAUCCCUCACUCCAGACUGGUUAGACCCUGUGGCCGGCUCGGAGGUGGCCCAACUCUUGAAAUUAAGAAGUGAUGUUCUUGCUGCUCUCGAAAAGGCGCGAGGAGACAAGAAUAUCAAGAGCUCCCUCGAGGCUGAAGUAGAGAUCCUGAUUCCUGAAGACGCUCAACCUGCGGCUUUUCUAGAACUGCUGCGUCGGGAGGAGCCUUUCUUGAAGACACUUUUCAUCACUUCGGAUGCAAGCUUGGUCGAUGAAGGAUCUCUGGGUACUAGCACCCCAGACUGGGUUUAUCUCUCUGCUUUCAACAUUCCCGGUUCGGAUGAACAAUUGACGAUCCGUGUCCGGCCUGCACAGCUUGAGAAGUGCUCCCGAUGCUGGACAUUCACUCGACCCGCCGGCGAUGUGCUGUGUCCGAGAUGUUUAUCUGUCGUAAAAGUAGACGUCUAAAUUUAGAUAAUUUGUCGGAUUGAUCUCCAUCCCCUCUCCAACUAUUCUACCAUGGCCGCACACACCCAGGACCUCGAGUGGAGGGCCCAAAUAAGAGAGGAGUUCCACGCAGAGACUAUGCAUAACGUGCAACCUCCGAGGGACAUCUUACCCCGCCUUAGCCCCGAAAUCCGACAGUUCAUCGAAGCGGCAGGGGAGACCGAAGAGGACCUCGUGCAGCGGCCGGUGGUGAAGCCACCGCCCGUCGACGGCUCGUUCCCCCUCACUCACUACUUCAUCUCCUCGUCGCACAACACCUAUCUGCUGUCUCGCCAACUCAUCGGGCGUGCGUCUGCCUCGUGCUACGACCAUGUGCUGUCCCGCAACGCGCGCUGCGUCGAGAUCGACGUGUGGCCGUCGAAGAAGGGCCUCAUCGUCACGCACGGAUACACGUUCAGCAAGUCCGUGACGUUCGAGAGCGUGUGCAUCGCGAUCGGCGAAUCGAUCGCGGAGGACGACUGGCCUGUGAUGGUCAGCCUGGAGUGCCAUGUCGAUCCCAAGGGCCAGGAGGAGCUCGUGCACACGAUGAGGAAGACGUGGGGGCGCAAACUCGUUGAUAGGAAGCUCGAGCAUGUUGAGGACUCGGCGGCGGCGCCCAAGGAUUUCAUGGGACGCAUCCUACUUAUGGUAGAAUACUACGCCGCUCCGAUGCAAGGCACCGGUGCCACUGCCCAAGAGGAGGCUGAUUCGGGCCCCAAUUCUGAGGCCGAUGAAGCAGUAGAAGAAGACGGGGAGAUGAUCAUCAAGAUAGGCAAAGUCGAGAAAGAGAAGAUUUCUGCUGAACUGGCGGGACUCGGGUUCUAUGCUCGCAGCAUGAAGCCCUCCACGGGCUGGCUCACAGAGUUCAUCGAAGACCCCCUCCACGUCCUGAUCAACAUAUCCGAGUCGACGUGCGGGAAGCUGAUUCCGCACUCUGCCGCCGAACUCGUCGAGCACAGUCUAGUGCACAUGCGCAGGAUUUUCCCCAAGGGCACGCGGAUCGCGUCGGGCAAUAUGGACCCUCUCAAGUUCUGGCGCACAGGCGCCAACAUCGCCUCUCUGAACUGGCAGACUUACGACAGCGGGAUGCAGCUCAACGAAGCCAUGUUCGUUGGAACUCCCGGCUGGGUCGUCAAGCCCUCUCGCCUGAGGGGUUUCGAAACGGUCGAUGGCGGCCGCUACAGGCUGUCUGCGGAGAUUGUUGGGAUCAGCUCUCUGCCCCCUCCGAACAAACGCCAGGACAAGUCCUACUCCGCCUAUGUGUACGCCGAACUGCUCCACUCGCAGCAAGACCAGAAAUGGCAAAGCAAGACCGUCAAGACCGAGGAUGUCCCUGGCUCCGGGGCGGAUAUCAUGUGGAACGAGCGGUUCGAGAUGGAAUACGACGCCGAUGAAUUGGCUUUCCUGCGCCUCACUGUAUUCCAAAGUGAGUUUGGGCGCGACGACAAGAUUGUUGUUUUCUGUGCGCGGUUGGACCAAUUGCAACAGGGAUUGCGUCUCGUGCGUAUGUUCGAUUCGAAGGGCAAAAACUCGGGUGCCACGCUACUCGUCAACUUUUCAAUUUCCCGGGCGGAGUAGAUACGGACCGCUUGAGGAAGCAGGAUAUCUGCAUCUAUCUUAUCAUGAGACCAUAAUUCGACGGUCCGAUGCCGGUCCGGGUCAAUAAUCGGAAGCCCGGUCCGAUCAACUUCCUUUCCAGGCCGGUAUCCUGAUCCCUGAAAAACAUGACUCAUGAUGUUCCCAGUUCUGCAAGUGACCUGCAGCUACCCAGCUCACGUUCUUUUCUGCUUCUCCGCAUGAGUGCUGCUGCUGCUCCCUGCAGAGAACACGGAAGCCGCCAACGUACAUUACGCAUGAGGCAUGCCUUACUUUUGUUCGUAAGAUGCGAGCCUCUUUCGCCAAUCUGGGCUGAGAAUCUCUUUGUGUGAAACGCGCAUGGCCGGCCGCGGAUAGCCGAGGGACUAGAUCCGAAAACCCUCAAAACAAUCUGUGUUUUUUGGCAGAGCUUCUUCUGUUGUAGAGUAUUCUCCCCCUCUCCUCUCCUCCUCUCCUCCUCUCCCUUCCUCCUCCCCGCACCGCACCGCACGCACACCAUGGUCGCUGCAGGGCGACUGAUCUGGAUCUCCCUCCGGCCGCUGCUCAGGCUGAUCAUCACCGUCAGCUGCGGCUUCGCCAUCACGAAAGCGGACAUCUUCCCGGCCGUGGCCGCUCGCGGAGUCGGGCAAAUCCUGCUGGUGCGUUUUUGCGGGUUGUGGCAGCCCUGGGCUGGGAUGGGAUAGGACGGCGUUGGCUGAAGUCGCACGGCAGAACAUCACACUCCCGAGCCUCAUGUUCUCCAAGAUCGUUCCCGCGUUCACUUCGAGUAACAUCAACGCUCUGGGUCCCCUGGUCCUGGUCGCCGUGAUCUACGAGUCGAUGGGGAUGGUCAUGGCCUGGAUCAUCCGGUACUUUUUCUGGGUGCCCCAUCGCUUCCGGUGGGGCAUCCUCGUCGCAGGCGGCUGGGGGAACUACGGAGACAUCCCCACGGCGGUCGUUAUGAGCAUCACGGGCGCCGCCCCGUUCAAAGGCGCGGGCGAUCAGACGCUCAGCGUUGCGUACAUCUCCGGGUUCAUUUUGGUCUACAUGAUCACCUUUUUCCCCAUGGGCGGGAGCAGUAUGGUUGGGCUCGACUACAUCGGGCCCGACGUCGAAGACGACGAGAUCCGGGAGCAAGUGCGGCUGCGACGCCGAGCUAUUUUCUCUGGCGUCGUGCAUUGUCUGCCCAGAUCUCUGCGUCGCCGGCGUACAAUUCACGAAUUUGACGACUUAGUAGAGGAGAAGAAGCCCUCGGUCGAAGAUGGGAUCGCGCCUCAUGACACCCCGAUGACCUUGUCGAAGCACGUUUCGUUCGAGAGCGAGCAGCCCCGCGCCCACUCGGAGCACAACAUGAUGGCCCUGGCCUCGACCAUGGCUUCCCCGGCGCCCACUGUCACGGCAGUCGACACGGAUGUCCUGCCAACCAUCCACGAGCGACAAGACGCCCCGAAAGGACGGCCCAGCCCUCCUUCGUUCUACGCCAAGCACAAACCGCAUCUGCGGCAGUUCAUCAAGAAUCUGCUGAUGCCAGGCUCGGCUGCGAUUAUCAUUUCGUUCAUCAUCGCACUGGUGCCCGACCUCAAAGCGCUGUUCGUGCCCAACGUCCCGGGGACCCACAUCCCCAACGCACCCGACGACCAGCCGCCGCUGGCGUUCAUCCUCGAUGCCGCCACCUUCAUCGGCGCGGCGUCCGUCCCGAUCGGCCUGGUGAGCCUCGGGGCCGCCUUGGCGCGGCUGCGGAUCCCGGCGGGGGCGUGGAAGACGCUCCCGAGCGGCGCGAUCCUCGCGCUCGCGUUCUGCAAGAUGCUGCUGUCGCCGGUGCUGGGCGUGCUCAUCUGCAACGGACUGACGCGCGUCGGCGUCAUCUCGGCCAGCGACAAGGUGCUGCAGUUUGUGUGCAUAUUUUUCUCCUGUCUGCCCACGGCUACGACGCAAGUAUUUGUCACGCAGGUGGCCAGCGGCACGGGCAGUGCGGAGCCCCUUUCUGCGUUCCUCAUCCCGCAAUAUGCUCUCAUGCUCCCUGCUAUGACAGGCCUGAUUGCGUAUACGCUGCAGGCCUUGUUCUGAUUUUAUAGACUGUUCAACGCGAUUAGAUGGAGUGUAUUCAUAAUAGUACAAUUCAACGCGUUUAUGACACAGUCACUGGAGCAUUUUUGCGGCCAGUCUCUCCAAUCCGACCCCCAACGCCCCAAGGCCUAUGACGGCCCACAACCAGGUGUUCCUCCACUCGCCUAUCCUCGGCCAGAAGCUGUUCUUCUCGGCCUUGUACUUCUGCAGCUGUCUGUAUCUGACCGGGUUCUCCGUCGCGUAUUUUUCCGCGUAUGCCUCGCUCUGGCGGUCCCCACCCACGAGCCGGAGGAACGCGUAGUUGGCCAGCGGACCCAGCACCGCGAGCGGGCUCAGCAGCCGCGCGCUGUACAGCAGGACGGGGAACGACAAGUGGCACAGCGCAUCGCCGAGAUAGUUCGGGUGCCGGACGAUGCUCCACACGCCCCCGCGACACAGCUGCGACCUCCCGUAUCCGGGUUGCUGGUCCUGGUGCGCCGCGAGCUGCGCGUCCGCCAGCGUCUCGAGCGCGAAACCCGCGGAGAACAGGAACACCGCGAGCGCGCGGAAAUACCCCACGCUGCCGGCCGGCGCGCCGAGCACCACCGCCGCCUGCGGGCCGCGGAACGGCAGCACGAGCGGGAGCGAGACGAGCGUCUGCGCGAGCGCCUCGGGCAGGAACAGCGUGAACAGCGCGGCGUUCCAG